CUGUCUGUUUCUCAAGUAUUUAUCGGCUUUGCUAGGAUUAGGGUUAGGUUGUGUAAUGGUACACAAAGUGCAUGGUACUGUAUAAAUCUCAGUUUUGGGUUCCCUGUUCAUUGUAAUUUUAGUACAGCAGGGAAAACAUUUGUAUUGUAGUUAUUAAAACUGCAGACAAACAUAAUUAGGAACUCUGUAAAUCCAAGGCAAUGCAUCUGAAUAACAAAACCUAAGAGACUCUUAUCUGCACAUUGUAAAAAUAGUUCAGUUUAAAUGCAUAACAUCAAAACAAUCAGAAUGAAGUAAAUCCCAUCUUCUCUAUCACUGAAUAUGGUAGCAUAUCUGUAGCAAUAAAUACCCCAAGUUGCGUUUACCUUUUUAGCUCAGUCUGAAUUUCUUGACAGAAGUCCCUUAAAUGCCAUGGGGAAACUAAUUUGCAGAGAUGGUGUCCACCUUGCUUUGGUCGUACAAACACUCGGAUGAUGUCUCAAAUGACCGUGAGAAAAUAUCAGAGUUUGAUGUAGCAGAGCUGACAGGCAGCCUUGGUCUUAUCGACUCUCCAUUGUUGAUGGAAUUUAUUGGAAAACUAAAAAAUUUUCAAACCACUUAUGACAACUGAUUUUGACCAUAAUUAACCGUAACCAACUCGGACACAAUUAAUAAAAAUGUAGCAUAAUGUUUUCCAUGUUGAACAUCUGCUAGUAAAUUUAGGUUCCACCUGUGUCAGUAAAUGUUUACAUUCUUUUCAUUGUGCAUAAGAACAUAACCGAACCGACAGUGAUGAAACUGAGUGCCGCACGACACAUACGCAUAUUGUUACAGCCCGUUACUGACAGUGCUGUGACUGUGCUAUUCAGUGUUAUGAGAGAAGGUAAUCAUGCUUUGUGGUAUUGUCAUGUGCUUGGCCACCCUGAAUAUGGUGUCUUUAUGGUUUUAUAGAACUCCCAUGUGCCAAUUUACCCAGAAUGCCCUGUGAUCAUGUUUUCUGGUAUGAUCCCAUCCUAGUUGGCUAGUUUUCCUAGAAACUAGCAUCCCAAUGGCAAUAUCGUUAUUAUUUUGUUACUUACAAUGUGGUGUUGCUGGUUUUGUUUGGGUGAAAUAACUCGCUAUUGGAUUUGCAGAACCUAGCCCUUUCUCUGUUUUUAAUUGGCCGAGGCAUCCUUGUGCUGUUUUUCUAAGUAAUAGCAAGCCACAUUCUGGUAGGAAACCAGAUAUAAUCUUGUGACAAAUUGCUGACAUGGUCAUAAUUUUGCAAUUGUAAGCAUUUUAGGUAACAUUGUUCUUCAAAUGUUACUUUCCAGUUAAUUGUGCUGCUUUGUCACAUUUAUGUAUUUUUAUGGACUAUAACAACAAGGAGUGUGACUUGAUAAACAUUUACUUUUUUGUGUAGCCCAGUCAUGGGCAACUUACAGAUAUUUGCAGUUUGCAAUUGCAUAGAAGGAGUUCGCACCUCUAAUCUCACAAAUCAAAAGCAUUUUAUUAAAAAAAAAAUUUUUUUUUGAAGGAGUGGUUUAAACAAUCGAGGUAUGUGGACCUCGUAGGAUGAUAAUCUCUUAAAGAUGGUCAUUCGAGUCAGAUGUUCCAGUCAGUUCAGGUUUGAACUAAGAACAUAAGAAAUUUACAAACGAGAGGAGGCCAUUCGGCUCAUCAAGCUCGUUUGGGGAGAACUUAACUAAUAGCUCAGAGUUGUUAAAAUCUUAUCUAGCUCUGAUUUAAUGGAACCCAGGGUUUUAGCUUGCAGUAUUAAAAAAACACAUACAUAGAAACAGGUUUGGUUGCCUGCUCUUGGCCCAAUUAGAGGUAAUUUAGAGGACCUUGAAAUGGAACUGGAAGGGCUUACAGAAGCAUUUCUAAAGACUAUCAGUUCACAGUCAGAUGGGUAGUAUACAACUGGAAGAUAUCCAGCACUGUUGCUGCUCUCCCAAGGAAUGGAUGUCCUUCAAAGAUCAGUGCAAAGGUGCAUCGUGGAGUCCUCUAACAAGUGACAAAGAGCCCUAGGGUGAUAGCUAAGGGUCUCUGGAGGCUCCUCUUGCACUUAAUACCAGUUCAUGAGCCUCCUGUUAGCAAAACGCUGAGGGGAAAUAAGUGGUACCCAUGAGCGGUUACCUAAGAAAAUGUGCUGUAGACUGGAUGUUCCCCAGCAGUGAACAGAUCAGACAACAGUUGAGCUUUUCGGUAAAUGUACAGCGUGAUAUGUUUCAUGUAGAGAGGGAAACACUUGCCAAAUCUAGUGCCAGCUGCAAAGCCUGGUGGAGGGAAUGUAAUGACGCUAGACUGCUUUGCUGCCUCAGGGUCUGGAAGGCUUGUGCUCAUUGAGAGUCCAACAAAUUCCAAUUUUUAUCUGGGACUUCCACAGCAGAAUGUCAGCGUGUCUGUGGUCAUGCAUCAUUAAAAGAGUUGGUCAAACUGAAGGCCAUUCAUGUUUCUGAAUGACCAAGUUAGUCCUGGUGUCUGUCCCACCUAAAUGCUGAGUAAUGCAUAUCGAAUAUUGCAACAACCAAGAGAUGUGUUCAACAUUUCUUCAAAUUUUAUUUUCUUCAAAAUAACCCCCUUUUGCCUCAGUAGAGUAGACUGUUGGCAUUCUUUCAACCAGCUUCCAGAUAUAGCUACCUGGAAUGCUUCUCCUACCCUGCUUUUACUUUUUGAUCCAAUUGAUCCUAAACCAGCUGUGUAGGGUUUAUGUCAGGGGAUUGUGGAGGCCAGGUCAUCUGUCACAGCACUCCAUCUCUUUCCUAGUUCACAUGAUGAUACAGUACUUGCAGAACAUCAAGAUGUGCAGUAGGUGUGUCCAAACUUUUGACUGGUAGCUGAACUGAAAUAAUGUGUCGAGGAAUGGGCCAGAAUUUAGCCACUGCACAGCUCUGGUCAGCAGAUUCCAAAAGUCUCUGAGUUUAUUGCCGAUAAGAAUUUCCACUGGUUACCAGAUACCUGUAUGAGUGUUUGCAAGCUUUCUUUAUAGAUUGUCUAACAUGAAGAUCAGGUCUCAUUAUCUGAAGCAUUCAUGAAGAAAACUAGAUAAUUGCACAGGUUUUGCAAAACUUUCACACCCAUUUGUAGUAAUUGUCACUUGAUAAUGGUUAUGUUAGUGGGUGUGGCUGUCAGAGAGAGUUUACGUGCACAGGGGAAGUUCUGACCUUCGAACCCGCUCUCAGAUUAGUACUGUUUCACAGCUUGCAAGCCACUAUCAACAUUUAACCUACUUACGAAUGGAACAUCAUCUCCUGCCUACUUGUGUUUCUCUACACUCUGACCUUAAAUAGCCACAUUGCAGAAGACAGAGGUACGUUUCUGGCAGUGUUUUUUUGGAAAGGAGACCGCAGAUUGUGAGGAGAACCGGCAGGGCCGGCUACCCGUAUGGUUUCGGUCAGCUGUGUUUAUUAUUUCUGAUCUGCUUGUGACCUCGUAAGCAGAAUGAGUUUGUGGGUGGUGUAAACGCCUAAAUAAGAAUCGGCUUGAGCCAUGUUUCAGUGAAAAUGAGCCCUAUAACAGUGACUGGCGCUCAUUUGGCAGCUAAUGGUGUUGCUUUUUGUGAUCGCUGAGCACGAUCGACUUCUCCUGACUCCCGUGACCUUCUGGACAAAGCCGGCCAUUGUGAGCACCCUCUAAUCGGACCUUCCUCAUAGACCAGUUUCAGACAGCCGCCUGGUAAAUCAUGUGACGCAGCCGGUCCAGUCCUAGUGGUCAGGUGGCUGUACUGCAGCAUGGUGGUGAUGUACCUUCAGUCUGUCCUUCAGGUGCUCCUGGGAGUGUAGUUAGGCAGGUUUUUUUCUUCUUGUUUUUUAUAAGUUAUGCAGUGGUUUGCAUUUAAAUGAUCCGCAUCAAAGUCGUCGUGACAUAUUGGAAAAAAGAAUUGCCCGGGCAUGUAAAUUGUGAGAAAUAAUGUUUUGCAUGAAUUUUAUAUAGUUCACUAAUUACUGUUUUGGACUUAAUAUUUAUAUAGUGGUGCUUGGUUUCUGACAAGCUUUUGGCUGCAAAUAGAGAAAUUUUGAAAUGCAUUUGGUGAAGGUGAACGACACUGUUCAGGAGUUGUUUACAUUCAGCUACAGUCGUGUGGCCCUCAUGUCACAAAGCUGGGAGGAGACAGGGGAGGGGGAUUGUUCUGGGAAUGGCAGCGUGUGUAGGGCGAGGGACAGUCUAGAAGCAUUUUAUUUUAAGGGACGGUUACAUAUAGGUCACCCUUGUAUUAUCACCUGAUCUCUCCCCACCCUCGAAUAAACCCCCACAUGCUCUGGCUUUGUAAUCUGCCCCGUAGCCUUUCAUCAACUGCCAGUGCGCUAAUUAGUAAUGGUUUAAUGGUGCAUUCCAUUUUAACUGGGAAGUUAGAAUUUCAGAGUUCAUGGUUAGAAGUUUCAACUGGAGUGGAAGUCUGAAUUCUGACUAGGUAAACUCAGAGGAACCUCUGUAUCAACAGAAGUGAAAGCUGUAAUUAUUUACUAUUUAUUAGUACUUAUGUCCUAAUUGUUUCUCAUUAAAUCAGCUGUACACAGAGUACUGUCCAACCUCUGUGGACAUGUUACAGUAUUUGUAUGCGCAAAAUACCGUACAACGUGUCGUUAUCAACUGGUAUUGCUAACAAUGGGCAACAAUGUCUAGAACUAGUAUUGCUGAAUGACAUUCUGGUUUGUUGUAUUGGAACAUGGUAACUUGGGAGUGACAUCAUUCCCAGCUCAGAGGUCUUAAGUCAUGCUUUGGUCGCCCUGGUGUCUGGGUGCCCCAUGAUGACCUGACACAGGCAGUCCACACUUUCUGAAUAAGUAAGGGCUAGAAAAAGCGAUGUGUGAGUGAAAGGGCCGUGCCGCUGGGAUGUGCAGCACUUUGCUGAUAAAUAGGCCUGUUGUGGGCUGCCUGCUUUCCUGCUAAUAAUUCAGCCUUUUCCCAACGACGAAAAGCUGCUGUUAAAAUUAUCGUCACAUGAUAAUUCCAGAAAAUAUAGGUUAUUGUGUGUAUAUGUGAGUGUGUUGUGUGUUUUUUUUUUUUUGUUUUUUUUUUUGGGUAUCCCUCUGAAAGUGUAGCGACUCCAACAAAGAGCAUAUUGAUGGCAGACAGGGAGCCAUUUGUGUGGAUGAGAGAUGUGGAAGGAGGGCGAGGAAAGGACAGAUUUCGUUUGUCAGAGGUCAAAGUUCACGCAUUCAAGUUUAUAAACAGUAGUUUGGAGCAUCGGAAGAUUAGCCUGAAAUUGAGCAAUGUGUGAAAGCCAAGCGUGGAGCAAUCAGACGGAAAAGUACUGCGCGAUUUGAAGUCAGCGAUAAAGCGUACGAUACUUUCUACUGUUGCAUCUACACAGCCACGCUUCCAGUCUGUAGCGAUUGUGCCCAGCAGUCUGGACGUCAUGAAGGUCUGCCUGCUCUGUCUGCUCACCGUCCUGCUCCAGCAGGGCUCCCCCAGCCACGUCCACAAGAGCCAGGCCCGUCACGGGCACCCCCACGGCGCGCACAUCCACGAUAGCCUGCGGAUGUCCCAGACAGCGGGAUCCAGCGGGCACCCCCACCAGGGCUUGGGCCCCAGUGAGGCUGUCAAUGAGCAGAACUUCUACAUCCAGCAACUCUUCAUUCGCUAUGGAAAUCAGGACCAGUUGGACUUCAAUGGUUUUCAGAGCCUGCUGCUGAGCCUGGGGCUGGGCCAGGUCCGGCUGCUGGGCCUGGAACACGAGAACCUGGGGCACGAUCAUGUAGCCCAUCUGGACAUGCUGGAUGUCCAGGAGGGCCUCCACACCCACAGCCCGCAUGGUGAAGUGCACUCCCUGCCACGCUCCGAGCCAGAACACAACCGCACUACGGCUCAGCCCUCCCCUUGCAGGCCCGGAGAAGCGAGGGCCACCGAAAGCCCGGGUGCCUCACCAGGAGGCGAGUCUGGUCCUGAACUUGAGAGCGAACAUCACGGUACACAUGAAAAUGACGGAGAUCAGAGGAGCGACGAGCGAAAAGAGCCAGGACGGCACCCGCAUCACCACAGGCAUCUUGGGGAGCAUCAGGAGCCGGAGGGAGCAGGACUGCAGCCAUCUGCCGACCCCCCGGACGCCCAGAGCGGGAGGCCCAAGAAGCCCAACAAGAACAAAGGGCCUCGCACCAAAGCCAGGGGCCUCGGGAGUCAGGAACACGACCACAAACAAAGACAACAGCAUGACCCCAAACAUAACCCAGACCAAGCUCAUGACCACGAGCAUGAUCACGAACCCAGCCAAGACAGAGACCACAUCCAAGACCAUAACCACGACCACAGCCAUGAACCUAGCCAAGACAGAGACCACAUCCAAGACCAUAAUCAUGACCAUGACCAAGGCCAAGACAGUCGCCAUGACCGUGAUGAAGAUCACGAUCAUGUCCACCGGCAUAACAAGCGCCACCUUAGCAAGCGGUCAGCCCCUGUCAGGAACAUUGAGGCCAUCCAUAAUGAAGACGUCACACACCAGCAUGAAGAGUGUCUCAACCUCACACAGCUCCUGUACUACUACGGCCUGAGCCCGGACGCGCUCAUCUCCCCUACCCAGUUCUCCUACCUGUGCCCGGCGCUGCUCUACCAGAUUGACAGCCGUGUCUGUAUCAGGCACUACCACCAGGUGGAGCUCCAGCCCUCGGCCCUGCAGCCGACCCACUCAGUGUGGACAUGGGUCUGGGGCUUUGUCUCUAUCACCAUCAUCAGCCUUCUCUCUCUGCUGGGUGUGCUCCUGGUGCCCAUCAUCAACCAAUCCUGCUUCAAGUUCCUGCUCACCUUCCUGGUGGCGCUGGCGGUGGGCACCCUGAGCGGCGACGCACUGCUCCACCUGCUGCCACAUUCCCAGGGGGAGCACGACCACGACCACAGCGGGGAGGGGGAGGGGGAGGAGGAGGCCGACCUCGCUACCAAGUUCGACGGGGUGUGGAAAGGUCUCACCGCACUGGCCGGGAUCUACCUUCUCUUCAUCAUUGAGCACUGCAUCGGCAUGUUCAAGCACUACAGGGACCAGCAGCAGAGCUGGUGCAGCUCCAGCAGGAAGUUGGAGGAGGCCAACAUUGGGCGAAAGCUGUCAGACCAUCAGAUGAACCGGCGCUCCGAUGUGGAGUUGAUGCACCUGAAGCCGCUGCCUGCUGCCGGGGCUGACAGCUCUGCAUCAUCACUGGGGGACCCGCAGAGCAAUCCCAAGACCUCCAGCCCCCAGGAGGAGGAGUCUUCUGUCCGCGAGAGCACCAAGAAGGCCAAGGUUAAGAUGCAUGGCCACGCCCAUGGCCAUGGCCACGCCCACGGCCACGCCCACCACUGCCACUCAGACCAGGAAAUGAAGGAUGCUGGCAUAGCGAGCAUCGCCUGGAUGGUCAUCAUGGGUGAUGGCAUGCACAACUUCAGCGACGGGCUGGCCAUAGGGGCUGCAUUCAGCGCAAAUGUGACCGGGGGCAUCAGCACUUCCGUGGCUGUGUUCUGCCAUGAGCUGCCUCAUGAGCUGGGGGACUUCGCUGUGCUGCUGAAGGCCGGCAUGUCCGUGAAGCAGGCCAUCGUCUACAACCUGCUCUCGGCCCUCAUGGCCUACGUGGGCAUGCUGAUCGGCACGGCCGUCGGCCAGUACACCCAUAAUGUCACCAGCUGGAUCUUUGCCAUCACCGCUGGGAUGUUCCUGUAUGUGGCUCUGGUGGACAUGCUCCCAGAGAUGCUACAUGGCGACAGCGAGGACUACAAGCGCUGCCAGAUGGGCCACUUCCUGCUGCAGAACCUGGGCAUGUUGAGUGGCUUUGCCAUCAUGCUGCUCAUCGCCAUAUUUGAAGAGCGCAUCGUGCUGGACUUCGACCUCUAGAUGCGAACUGCCCAACCGCAGUCAUUCCUGCUUCAUCAAGUGGGGCGAGCUCAGCUUUCCAUUCCCAUAAGUCUGGGUACAUGCUCACAGCCCACCAUAACGUCCUCAUGGUCCAGGUUAACCUCUCAGAAGAUACCUCAGAAGAGGUCUUCAUUUGAACCCAUCUCUCCCAGCAUCAACCAGCCUGUGGCAGUUUCUUGGCCAAUUAGAGACUUCAGAAUGUCAGCCAGGAAAUUCUCCUGUUGCACACUUGAAUGUAACAAAGAAGCGAUCAGACAUUGGUGUUUGUUUUCAUUGUAACAGGAAAGCUGCCUUUUAUUCCUAAAGCCUUCUCCCAAUCCUUGAGGCACGUCCAUUUCAGGCUCCAAGAGCGCAAACCCAGCAAGCCAGCGACAGCCGAAGUCUUACGUCUGUGUACUUGUGCUACGUGUGACCGUCGUGUACCUGUGCUGUGUCACGUCCCAUGAUUGUGAAGUCAUUGUGCAACAUUGACUUUGCAGGACCAUGAUGCUGAGCAAGUCAUUGUAUCUGUUCUUCGCUGUGAAAUUCGUUGUACCGUCAAGAAACAUCCCGACUCCUGUGCUUCCACCAGUUGGCUCAAGAAGGUUUUGCAGAUGUGCUCAUCCUCAUUGGAGCAGUGAAAUGCAUAUCAGUGUUAAAAGAAUGACCCAUUAACAAAGUCCUGCAUCCACGAGAGGACGGAUUUCUCUGAUUUCGUCAUGUUUGUUUUUGCCAUUAGUGUUGAGAGAAGAUGAAUUGGAACAGCCCUCCACAGAAAGAGAGGAAUGAAGGAAUGACCUGGAAAAAAAACAUUGGUUUCUAUUUUGCUACCUGAUUGUUGUGCUCUGUAGUCUAAUCACUGAUCAACUUAAAAAGCAUCUGCUUUGUCUAAAUUAAGUCAAAGGAAUUGUCUUAUUUUUCAUCAUCAGGUGUCUGGCACAAACAUGUUUCAGUUCGAGUCAUUUAAUAUGACGGUUUAUGCAAAAACGUCUCUGCUCGUCGUCAUCUUAUAUAAAAAUGUCGGAAACUUGAUUUAGGAAGUAAUAUCAACUGAAAGGAGGUUAUUUUUUCUGCCUGUUUCUUUUGACAGGAAUUGUGCUUACACACACUCUUGGUGUUUAAAAUGCCGCCCUUUAUCUGUCGAAGGACAGCAGAGCGGAUUCACUGUGGUGUGAUGAUGUUUGCCGUCGGACAGGGGGAGGAUAUGCUUGUGUCAUGCUACAAAAAAGUCGUACGGCUCACUGUGACUGUGUGGUGAGAUGCACAUCUGUGUCGGCCAGCUGGUCCACUUACCCAAGUCUUAACCAGGUCUCUCUCAACCCCCGUCACCUGGGGACAUUCAAGGCCUCGUCCCAUCAGGCUCUCCAGUCCUGCUGCGUGGAUCAUGCUUAUAAACGGCCUCUGUGGAUGCCUGUGUCCCCCAUCGAGCUGCACUGCACAUCACAUGUGAGUCUUUCUGCAGUCGGUAUUUGUAAACGUGUCCUGACUUCUACAGAUCGGGAGACGACGGACCGUUCAGGAUCUGAUUUCACACCGAGUUUGUUCCUCACCGUACCCCACAGUUGGCUCACCGAGGAUAUACAGUAAGCACAAAGGCAAUGGGCAGAGAGGUGGGCAGCACAUCCAUGCCACAUUAAAUACUGAGAGUAUUUAUUUCAGUGUGCAAAAACAGGGGUAUUAAUACUCGCUGUCAACACUGCCAGUUGCAAGGAGGCAGGAAUUCGACUAACCAGAGAGCUCCAGAGCACUGCACACUGUGUGUGACGACAUCAUUUCCAAAACUUUGUUCUAUAUUACGGACAGAUGAUUGCACUGUUAUGCUAAUUUAUACAGAUGGUGUUUUGCUUCCGCAUCCCAAAAAAAUACCAUCCGCCACAAAAGAUCUCUUCUUAAUUCCAAAUGACGAAAUUUUGUACAAGUUUAUUUUGCAUAAUUUUCAUAAACCAAAAAAUCUAAAUGUAUUCACUGACAUCUUCGCUAGUCCUCUAUUGUAUAUUUCCCAAUCAAGACAGAAAAAUAAAGUUGUACCCAAAAAAUGUA